AGUUUUGUUUCAAUAUGAAAAACCUAAAAAAAUUUAAAAUUUCAAACUAAAUAUUGCAUUUAAUGACACAAUUGAAGAUUAUGACCAAAACCAGGAAAAUAUUUACUUAAGAAAACAACUUGGAACUAAUUAAAAAUAAUGGGUUGUUGCAGUACUAAACUUUAUCCAUAUGAGAAUUGGAUGGAAGAACUACCACCAGAUGUUAGAGAUUAUUCUGUGAUAAAUUUAGCUAUACCAGGUUCGCACAAUUGCAUGUCUUAUGGUAUUAACUGGUCAUCAAAACCAUCUUUAGACGCUGACGAAGAAAUAAAAGACAUUUUUAAAUUUUUACCUUGUUUUGUAAGGAAAUGGUCAAAAACUCAAUCAGUUGAUAUUACUGAACAAUUAAAACUAGGUAUUAGAUAUCUAGAUUUAAGAAUAUCGUUAAAAGAUAAUACUAAAUUCUAUUUUGCACAUGGUCUUUAUGCUAUGGAAAUUUUUCAGCCUCUCAAAGAGGUUUGUUCAUUUUUAGACGAGCAUCCAAAAGAAAUUAUAAUUUUGGAUUUCCAACAUUUUUAUGGGUUCGAAGUAGCACACCACAAACAACUUCAGUACGAUAUUCAAAGAAUAUUUUCUGAUAAAAUUUAUGCACCACAAGAUGGAUCGCUUAGUAACGCCACUCUUAAAAAUUGUGAAAAUAAAGGAAAACAAGUCAUAAUUAUUUAUAGGCGUUGCAAAAAUCGAUCAGAAAAAUUUUGGGCUGAUGACAACUGGCCAACGCCGUGGCCUAAUACUACUAGUAUAAAACAGCUUAAAAACUAUUUGAACAAUAUGUUAAAAUAUCGAAACCCACGAUACGGUUAUGUGUCGCAAUGCAUACUCACACCAGAUGGUAAAUAUAUAGCUAAAAAAUUUUACUCUUCACUUAAAGGCACUGCCGAAAAAGUUGACAAAAAAAUGUCUGAUUGGAUUGAAGAACAAAGACCUGGAAAAUGUACCUGUGAUUCUGAACCAAAAGUUAAUGUAUUUAUAGCGGAUUUCGUCCAUAUUUACAAUGGUGAUUUUUGCAAAAAGAUAAUUGAGCUAAAUAACAAAAUUGUAGAUCCAGAAAAUUAAAAGCUUUACACAAUAUUUUAUAUUUUUAUUAUACUUGGGCCAUAUGUGCAUUAACGAAAUAUUAUUGCUUUAUUAUAAGGAAAAAUAAAUUUUACAAAGAUGCAUUCAUAAAC